AUGUGCCAGACGCAGGAGUCCGACGGUGCUUAUUACUGCGAGAACCAGUGGGAUUUCGGAACGGGUCUCAGCUACACCGAGUUCACCUACGCUGAAGUGCGUCUGAGCCGCAACGUCACCGUCAUGCUCUUCCUCCUCCAGCCGUACAACUCGCUGAGCGUGCCGGAGAUGAAGCAGCUCAAGAAGUUCUCCAAGAUCAGUCUUGAGCCUGGUCAGACACAGAACGUGGGUCACGGGCUCAAGAAGGUGGCCGAGGACUGCGAAUACGUGGUGGCCAUCAAACCGGAGACGGACUGCGACGUAUACAACGAGACGGCCGUGGCCAACCCGCUCGGUGCAACCUUCUCACUCAACACGGGCGAGUAUCCGUUCGGCACGUUCGAGGAGCCGUGGUAA